AUGGAGACUCUCCUCAACCUCCCGCCCACCCGGCUAGCCCUGCUGCUCCUCACGCUCACGCUCACCAGCAUCCUCCUGCUCACCCGGCUCCACCGCGCCCACACCCGCCGCCAAUUCGCCCACCAACAGGGCUGCAAGCCCAUCACGCACUACAGCAACAAAGACCCCAUCCUGGGCCUCGACGAGAUCUACCGCGGCCUCACGACCGCAAAGCGCCACAAAGCCCUGGAAUCCAUCACACAGCGCUUCCAGCAGCACGGCCACACCUUCGCCUCGCGCCGCCUCCUGAAAUACACCAUCGUGACCAUCGAGCCCGAGAACAUCAAAACGAUCCUCUCGACCCGCUUCAAAGACUACGGCCUGGCGCACCGCCUCCCAAUCUUCCAGCCCCUGCUGGGGGAGGGGAUCUUCGACACCGACGGCGCGCACUGGGCGGCCUCGCGCGCGCUCAUCCGCCCCAACUUCACCAAGGACCAGGUUGCCGACCUCGCCGCCUUCGAGGCCCUAAUCCCCUCCUUGCUCGCGCACAUCCCCCGCGACGGGGCCACGGCCGUCGACCUCCAGGAUCUGUUCUUCCGGUACACGAUCGACCCGGCCACGGACUUUCUGUUUGGGCAGUCGGUCGGCAGUCUGGCGAUGCAGCGCAGCGAGUUGGAUUUCGCCCAGGCGUUCAACUAUGCCCAGGAGGCGAUGACGGCGGAGCGGUGUAAUCGGAUCUGUCGGGAGUUUGCGAUGCCCUUUGUGGAGGAGGCGGUUCGGGCUGUGCAGGACGGUGGGAGUGGGAGUGGGGUCAUGAAGAACGUGAAGUAUGUCUUCUCGCAUGAGCUGGCCUCAAGAACGAGCGAUCAGCGCCGCAUCCUCGAUGAGCUGAUGAAUGUGCUCCUCGCCGGGAGAGAUACCACGGCCAGUCUGCUGAGUAACAUGUUCUUCAUGCUGGCGAAACAUCCCGAGGUGUGGGCGAAAUUGCGGAUGGAGGUGGUGACGGCGUUGGAGGGCCGGUUGCCCUCAUAUGAGGAGCUGAGGGGGUGGAGGAAUUUGCGGUGCUGCGUUAAUGAGUCGCUCCGGCUCCACCCCGUCGUCCCGAUGAAUGAUCGCGUCGCGGUAAGGGAUACGGUUUUGCCGGUUGGAGGUGGUCAGGAUGGACGUGCGCCGGUCUUCGUGCCCAAGGAUACGAUCGUCGCGUAUAAUGUGUAUGCCAUGCAUCGGCGGAGGGACUUGUAUGGGGACGACGCGGAGGUCUACCGGCCGGAACGGUGGGAGGAUGGCCGGCUGCAGCCGCGAUGGGAGUACCUCCCGUUCAACGGAGGCCCGCGCAUCUGCAUCGGGCAGCAGUAUGCGUUGACGGAGGUGGCGUAUGUGACGGUGCGGCUGGCGCAGGAGUUCGCGGGGCUGGAGAGUCGCGAUUCGGGCCCGUGGGAGGAGUCGUUGACGCUGACGCUGUGUUCGCGCAACGGGACCAGGGUGUGUUUGACGCCGGCCUAG